UAUGGUGUCAAAUGGACUAUUGAGGUUAUGGUGUUCAUACAUAUUUUCUCGAAGUUUCAGAGACUGCAACUAAGUUAGUUCGAAGGAACGAUAAACAUUUAACAAAAAUAGAAAAGAAUGGCUAAGUGGGGCGAAGGUGAUCCACGCUGGAUUGUUGAAGAACGUCCAGAUGCUACUAACGUCAAUAAUUGGCAUUGGACUGAAAAAAAUGCCACACCUUGGUCAAAAGACAGAUUCCAUCAACUCUUCAGUAAAGUAAAGAUUGAUAAUGAAAACAUUGAAUGCAUUAUUGAAUCUCUGGACAAAUGUAGUGGAGAAGCUACUGCCAAUAAUCGCAAAGGGAAACUUAUAUUUUUUUAUGAAUGGGAAUUGACUCUUUGCUGGAUUGGAUUCUUCAAAAACAACCACGAAAAACGCCACAAAGGAAAAGCAACUAUACCAAACCUUUCAGAAGAGAAUGAGAUAGAUGAUGUGGAAAUAACCAUCACAAUUGAUGAAUCUAAUGAAGAAUCGGAAGUCAUAAAGCAGUUUAUGUAUAACGAUGGUCGAAAGAAAAUAAGGCAGUUGUUGGGUAUCUAUAUUAAGGAGCUUAAGGAGGAGUACUCGAAAAAUCUUAUUCUGCCAAACAAGAACUCGGAAAAAAUGCAACCUCAAUCUGAUAUCCAGCACAAAGGAAACAGCAUCUUUACUUACGGAACUAGUUCUAGCUCAUCAAAAGUGGAAUCAUCUCUUGGUUGCAAAUUGGAUGUUCGAACGCUUAAUAUUGAGGAAGAAUUUCAAUGUACAGCUAAUGAUCUGUAUAAUGCUCUAACUAAAAAUGACAUGCUAGCAUCCUUUACAAGAGCUCCUGCAAAGGCCGAAGCAUCGAGAGGUGGAGAGUUUCAUCUUUAUGGUGGUAAUGUACAUGGAGUUUUUGACGAACUUAUACCUGAAAAGAAGAUAGUACUUCGAUGGCGGCUUAAGUCUUGGCCAUCUGGUCACUAUUCAAACGUUGAAAUCGAUUUGACUGAAAUGAAAAAUUGUACCCAGAUGAAACUGAAGCAAACAGGAAUUCCUGCGUCAGAAUAUGAUGCUAUGAAGACAAAUUGGAAUCGAUACUACUGGCAUAGUAUUAAACAAACAUUUGGAUUUGGUGUUCCAUUGGCAGAUGUUUUAUGAACUGCAACAGAAAGAUAAAUUUAUUUAUUUCAUUGAUUGAUUGAAGUAAAUAAAAAAGAUAUUUAGAAUAAAUUUUAAAUAAGCCCA